AAAUCUGUAUCCUCAUGGACACGAACACAACAACUACAGCCAAGCCUUCCUUUACAGAUAAGGCUCGAUCAGCAUGGAGUGGUCUCAUUGGCGAAGACUCCAACCCUAUAAUGAAGAUUGCCGGAAUCAUUGCGGCCUUCUUAAUCGCUCUUAUCGCCUUCUUCGGUUUCUUCAGAUUCUUCAACAUCGUGCUUAGCCCACUAUCGUACAUGUUAUCCAUAUUUUAUAUAAUAAUUGGACUCGCUCUCCUAGCAGUCGAAAUAGCUCCAACAUGGUUCUUAUCGAAAUUCCUGCUGAAGUGGGCGCCUUUCCUUGGUACCCUCAUAGGCCGAGGUUUGGUGUACCUCUAUAUAGGGCUGCUCUAUGUAACAGGCGGCGCCCAAGCCGGAGUUACCUCUUGGACCUACCUGAUCAUCGGCAUCUAUCUACUUGUGGUAGCAGUAGCCAACUUCGUGAUCGGUUACAUCGAGAGCAGGGGAGCUCCCAUGCCUAACAGCAACGUGUAAAUACGCUGGAUAACUUGGAACGCUCAAGAUGCUUCUGCUGUAAGCGUUUUUCUGUGAGUACAAAUACCUUUGAAGACGAUUUUCAUGGUUU